AUGUCACAAGCAAGUAGUGUUACUGAUCAAACUGCCGCACCAGUUAUUAGUGAAUCUUCAUCUGUUGUUCAACGUUGGGAAGAUGACUUUUCUAAUACCAAAACAGAUGAAAUAAUAUAUGAUUAUAUUAUUGUUGGGUCUGGUUCAGCAGGUGCUGUCUUAGCUAAUCGUCUUUCUGAACAAGAUGAUAAACAAAUUCUUCUUAUUGAAGCUGGUGGUGCUGAUACAAUCAAUACAAUUCAUAUGCCAGCUGCAUCUGGAAGUUGUCAAGGUGGUGAUAUCGAUUGGCAAUAUAAAACUACAUCACAAGUUUAUUCACAUUUUAAUUGUAUCAAUCAACAAAGUAGUUGGCCACGAGGAAAAGUUCUUGGUGGCUGCUCGUCAAUCAAUUAUAUGCAAUAUGUUCGAGGUGAUCCACAUGAUUAUGAUAAUUGGCAAUUAGAAGAAUGGUCAUUCGAUAAAUUAUUACCAUAUUUUAAAAAAUUAGAACGCGCUGAUAUAAAUACAAUUCCAGAAAAUGAAAAAUUUCGCAAUCAUGAUCAAAAUAAAGGUAUGAUGGAUGUUACAAUAUUAGAAGAAUCUAAUAAAUUAAAUCAAUUAUUUAUUGAAUCUUGUGAAAAAAAUGGAUUUCAUCAAACGAAAGAUUAUAAUGCUGAAGAAUCUCUUAGUGGAUGUGUAUCAAUGUCACAAAUAUCAACUAAACAUGGGAAACGUUGGUCGACAGCAAGUGGUUAUUUAUUAUCAGGAAUAAAACGAAAGAAUUUUCAUUUAUUAAUCAAUGCACAUACUUGUCGUGUUUUGUUUAAUGAAGAAAAACAAACAACUGGUGUGAUUGUUAGACGUGAUAGUUCACCAGAUAAAGAAGAGUUUAUUAAAGGUAAAGAAGUGAUUCUUUCUGCUGGUGCUAUCGGUAGUCCACAAAUACUUCUUCUAUCUGGAAUUGGCCCUCGUGAUGAAUUAGAAAAACAUGAAAUUCCUGUUAUAGUUGAUCUACCUGGUGUUGGAAAAAACUUACAAGAUCAUCUUACAUCUAUUCUUAUUUAUUUAAGUAAAAUACCAACACUUUCUGCUCGUGAUUUGACACAAGAAAAUCUACAAAGAUGGGCAACUGAAGGAAGAGGUCUUCUCACAUCAUGUAUUGUUGAAUCACAAGGAUGGUGUCAAGUGAAUAAAACUGAUAAAACACAAGUGCCUGAUACUCAAAUACAUUUACUUCCAGUAACAGCUGAUACUAAAUUUACGAAGAUUUUAAAUUUUAAACCAGAAAUAUAUGAACAAUAUCUGGAUUCACAUCUUUUCGAUGGACAACUAGGAACAGUUUUCUGUCUUCCUACAUUACUUCAUCCAAAAUCAAGAGGUGAAAUAACUUUAGCAAGUCGUGAUCCAUUUAUACAUCCAAUUAUCAAUCCAAACUAUUUAGAAAACAAAGAAGAUGUUCAAAUAUUAGUUGAAGGAUGUAAAUUAGUUGAAAAAAUUUGUCACACUGAACCAUUGAAAGAUAUACUUCAAUCAUUAGCGAAAGAAAUGAAUGGAAAUGAAAUAAUAGAUGAUAAUGAAGAUAAAUUUUGGGAAUCAUAUGUUCGAAAAUAUAGUGUUACAGUCUUUCAUCCAGUGGGAACAUGUAAAAUGGGAAAAGAACAAGAUGAAAUGACAGUUGUCACACCGGAUACAAAAGUUAAAGGUGUAAGGGGUCUUCGUGUUAUUGAUGCAAGUAUCAUGCCAAGUAUUGUGUCAGGCAAUACAAAUAUUCCAACUAUUGCAAUAGCAGAAAGAGCAGCAGAUUUAAUUAAAAACAUUUAA